AUGAAUCGAAUUAAAGAGGCUGGGUUUAGCAUUUCACAAGUGAAAGAUACAAAGCUGACACGAGAGAUGGCAGAGGAGUUCUACAAAGAUCACAAUGGGAAGGACUUCUUCAAUCACCUGUUUGACUACAUGUCACGGUGACAUGAACCACAAUCAUUUGAGUUUAUGGUUUAAUUGCUAGAAUGAAGCUGUUCAGUCUUGACCAAGGUUGGGAUCUAUUCCAUUUCAGGAGAUUAAUUGAAAUUCUUAUUAAAGAAUUUAAAAGUGACAUUUAUUUUAAAUGAGAAAUUUGAAUUUCGAUUAACUUCCUGAAUUGAUCGAACUGAAAUGGAAUUGACCCCAACCCUGGUCUUAACACAACAUCAGCUUUAACGGAUGAAUUGAUGUGUCUUUUGUAGAGGUCCAUCCAUCAUGAUGAUCCUGAGAAAAUAAAAUGCUAUCGCAGAAUGGAGAGAGAUGAUGGGGCCUGCCGAUCCUGAACAGGCCAAGCAAGCCAAAUCCAACUCUCUGCGUGCACAGUUUGCCAAGAGCAUCUUUGAGAAUGCCGUGCACGGCUUGUGCAAUGUCCAGCACGCCAUGGACAAUAUCAAGUUCAUUUUUGUGGAUAUAACCUCAUAA